AUGCUCAAAAAGUUACAUGAAAGUCAUUUAGGUAUCGAGAAAACAAAGAAACUAGCAAGAGAAUUCAUAUUUUGGCCUGGAAUAAAUGCAGAAAUAACUGAUGUUGUUUCAAAAUGCAGCAUUUGUCUUGAAAACAGAAACUCGCACACAAAAGAGCCAAUGAAGAUUUCAGAAAUACCAGACCUACCAUGGAAAGCAGUAGGAACAGAUUUAUUCCACUGGAACAACAACAAUUAUCUAAUGGUUGUUGAUUAUUACUCAAGAUAUUUUGAGAUAGCAAAGCUUGAAAAUACAAAAGCUACAUGUGUCAUCAAUCAUCUGAAAUCAAUUUUUGCAAGACAUGGGAUUCCUCAAUAUGUUAGGAGUGACUGUGGUCCACAAUACACAUCAGCAGAAUUCAAGAAAUUUUCAGAAGAGUGGGGAUUCACACAUCAAAAAUCCAGUCCAAACUAUCAACAGUCAAAUGGUCUUGCAGAGAGAUUCGUGCAAAGUGCAAAAAAAAACAUGCUAAACAAAGCACACAAAGAAGGCAAAGAUCCGUAUCUAAGUAUGCUUGCAUACAGGAACACACCAAUUGAAGAUGUAGGAUCACCGGUGCAACUUCUGAUGAAUCGAAGACUCAGAUCUACAAUUCCAGCAACAAACAAAAAACUUCGACCAAAAUGCGUAAAUCUGAAAACAAUUAGAGAAAAAAUACAAAACUCGAAGCAAAAAGUUUUACUACGACAGAAAUACAAAACCAUUGGAGUAUCUGAAGAAAAACGAUACCGUCAGAAUUCAACUUGA